UGUGGCGCAGGGCAGUCAUUCCGGACGGCCCAGUCUCCGCCGCGCGACCCAGCCCUCAGCCGCAGCCCCGCGGACCGGGACCCAGGCGGGCCGGGACCUCGCAGUCCCCCAGGCGAGACCUGGAGCAGAAGCCGCUAGAUGGCGUGACCAAUCAGAGCCAGGCUUUCGCGGGCGCGGCCCCCGGCAAUUGGGCGGCGGAGCGCGGGGCGGGGCUUCCGGUCGGGGCAGAGGGACUUCCGCCGCCGCGGCGCCUCGGAUGGCCGUACUCCGGGUAGCGCUCGCGGCCUCGCUCGCGGCCGCCCGCACCCGGCCGCCCCUCGGCCGCCGCCCGCCGCCUGCGCCCUGCUCCGCGUCGGCCGGCGCCAUGGAGCCUGAGCCCCGCUGGCUGGCGGGGCUGCGCUUCGACAACCGCGCCCUGCGCGCGCUGCCGGUGGAGACGCCGCCGCCUGGCCCAGAGGGCGCCCCGUCCGCGCCGCGGCCCGUGCCCGGCGCCUGCUUCAGCCGCGUGCGGCCCGCGCCCUUGCGGCAGCCGCGCGUCGUGGCGCUGUCGGAGCCCGCGCUGGCGCUGCUGGGCCUGGGCGCGCCGCCCGCUGACGCCGCCGCCCGCGAGGCGCGCGAGGCCGAGGCCGCGCUCUUUUUCAGCGGCAACGCGCUGCUGCCGGGCGCCGAGCCCGCCGCGCACUGCUAUUGCGGCCACCAGUUCGGCCAGUUCGCCGGGCAGCUGGGCGACGGCGCCGCCAUGUACCUGGGCGAGGUGUGCACGGCGGCCGGCGAGCGCUGGGAGCUGCAGCUCAAGGGCGCCGGCCCCACGCCCUUCUCCAGACAGGCCGACGGUCGCAAGGUGCUGCGCUCGAGCAUCCGCGAGUUCCUGUGCAGCGAGGCCAUGUUCCACCUGGGCAUCCCCACCACGCGGGCCGGCGCCUGCGUCACGUCCCAGUCCUCCGUCGAGCGGGACGUGUUCUACGACGGCAACCCCAGGCACGAGCAGUGCGCGGUCGUGCUGCGCGUGGCCCCCACGUUCCUCAGGUUCGGAUCCUUUGAGAUCUUCAAGUCCUCGGACGAGCACACGGGGCGCGCAGGCCCCAGCGUGGGGAGGAACGACAUCCGAGUGCAGAUGCUUGACUAUGUCAUCAGCACUUUCUACCCUGAGAUCCAGGCCACUCACGCCAGCGACAGCGUACAGAGGCACGCAGCCUUCUUCCGGGAGGUGACGCGGCGCACGGCCCAGCUGGUGGCUGAGUGGCAGUGCGUGGGCUUCUGCCACGGCGUGCUCAACACGGACAACAUGAGUAUCGUGGGGCUCACCAUCGACUACGGGCCCUUCGGCUUCCUGGACAGGUACGACCCGGACCACGUGUGCAAUGCCUCCGACACCGCCGGGCGCUACUCGUACAGCAGGCAGCCCGAGGUGUGCAAGUGGAACCUGCAGAAGCUGGCCGAGGCCCUGGACCCCGCGCUGCCCCUCGAGCUGGCCGAGGCCAUCCUGGCGGAGGAGUUCGAUGCUGAGUUCCGCAGGCACUACUUGCAGAAGAUGCGCUGGAAGCUGGGCCUCGUGCGGGCUGAGCGGGAGGAGGACAGCGCCCUGGUGGCCAGGCUCCUGGAGACCAUGCACCUGACCGGUGCUGACUUCACAAACACCUUCUACCUGCUGAGCUCCUUCCCAGCCGAGGACCUGGACGAGUUCCUGGCCGCACUGACUGCACAGUGUGCCUCCCUGGAGGAGCUGAGGCGCGCCUUCCGACCCCAGAUGGAUCCCCGGCAGCUGUCCAUGAUGCUCAUGCUGGCGCAGUCGAACCCGCAGCUUCUGGCGCUCAUCGGCACGCGGGCGAGCCUGGCGCGGGAGCUGGAGCGCGUGGAGCAGCUGUCGCGGCUGGAGCAGCUGAGCCCGGCGGAGCUGCACAGCAGGAACAGGAGCCACUGGGCCGAGUGGCUCCUGGAGUACAGAGCCCGGCUGGAGAAGGAUCAGGAGGCCGCCAGCGACACCACUGCCUGGCAGGCCGAGCACGUGCGCGUCAUGCACGCGAACAACCCCAAGUACGUCCUGAGGAACUACAUCGCGCAGGGCGCCAUCGAGGCUGCCGAGAGCGGAGACUUCUCAGAGGUGCAGCGGGUGCUGAAGCUGCUGGAGACCCCUUACCGCAGGGAGGGGGGGGCCGCCGAGCCCCACGAGGCCGCCGAGCCCGAGGAGGCCAGUGGGGAGGCCGGUGGGGCAGCCGGCCGGCGGCACUCGUACAGCAGCAAGCCCCCGCUCUGGGCGGCGGAGCUGUGUGUGACGUGAUCGUCGUAAGCGCCUUGGAGGCCUCCACGCAGGAGCCCCGAGGCCCGAGCCCUUGAGUGAGUCCACGAGGCAGCGCCCACCCCGCCCGUCUCUCCAUGACGGCAGAGACGUCCAGUCAGGACCUGACCCGUCUCUGUCCGAUGCUGACUCGGCAGCACCGCCCAGCCCCAGGCUCUUCUCCCAGCGACAGGCUGCUUUGCGCCAGGACGGCUCAGCAGAGGGGACCGGCGGACGCGCGGCCCCCGCCCACCUCGCCAGCCUGGCGGGGCACGCAGCUCCUAAAUAAAUUGGCAGCUCCCUC